AUGGGCAAUAAUUCCACGUAAAUUGGAAAUGGCUAUGGAUACAGAAUCAUAUCCAUAGAACCCAAUUCCUUUGGAUCCAACCUCAAUUUGGAAAUCUUUCUAGAUUAUAUCAUCCAAAUCAAGUCUGAUUCCCAAGUGAACGCUAUCAAAUUGUUGGAAAGUGAUGAACCCAUUGAGUUGUCUAUUUUUAAUAUCUUUUCAUUGGAGACCAGAAAAAUCUACAUCUCAGAGCCGCGAUCCACAAUGAAUUUGGGUCUUUUGAUCAGAUACGAAUCUAUAAAUCCAUUGAUUCUCCACAUCACCAAAGUAUUGAAAGGUAGUCCUGCAGAAUCAAGUGGGCUCAAAAGCAAUUAAGAUUAUCUCCUAGGAGUCAAAUCUCAUCGGUAUCAAACUAUUGAUGAAUUCUCAGAUAUCGUAACAGGAUAGGCAUAUUCGAAAUAAUCAAUUGAACUCUGCAUAUUUUCACCAUUAACUAAAAUGUCACCCAGAGUUGUAGUGUUAGACCCAAAGUAUAAUUGGGGCGGACCAGGAGCUAUAGGAUGUGAAUUUGCCUCUGGAGCUAUGCAUUCUUUUAACUUUUCUCAAUUGAUUAAAUCCUUAGAUAGUGAUGAAUCCAAGGAAGUGACAAAAAAUGAAGACUUCUAAUAAUAACUUAGUAAUGAAUCAAAUUAAUUUUAAUAAAUUGAAAAUUAGGAUAUUUUGAUAAACAAUUAAGAGAAUUUAUAAGCGGAGUUCAAAUAAUAAAUCCAAUUGGAAAAUAUUAAUGAUCCACAAGAACAUUCCAUUGAUAAAUCUUAAAGUUUAUCGAAUACAUAAAUUAGCGAAUCUAAAUUAAAUUGCAAACCAGACUUCUAGUAUUAAAAUGAAGAAAUUUCUAAUUUUGAAUAACAAUAAAUAAUCAAUUAAGUUGAAAUAUAAAAGUAAUAAAUUGUUCAAGACAACAGUACUGUAGCUGGUUUGGAUAAUCAAUAAUAAUAACAAUAACAUAAUGAAUAGAUUUAAUCUGAUAUUCCAUAAUCUGAAACUCAUUCUAAUUUAGGAUAAUAACAAUAGGAUGGUGAUAUAGAUGUAAAAUAAGAAUUUGAAGUCAAAUAAAUUAAUAAUGAAGAUAGUUCCUUAUAAUAACAAAAUGAUUAAUUAAACAAUUCCAAUUUGGAGGAGAAUAAAAGCGAGAUUAUAGGUAUAUUAAAAUUGUAUGUAAAAGCUUAACCUUAGGCAGAUGGCUCUUAAUAUGAGAAUGAUUCUAAACAAGUUGUUGUGAAAUAUGCUAACUAAUUGGUAUUUCAAUCCCCAAAGAGAGACAAAAAGUAUGUAGUGGAUAAAACUCUAUUAUUUGACAUCUAAUUUGAAGUACCAAAAUAUUAUGUAAAUAUUUAUUGA